CUCCUGAAGGAGCCUGAUGGCUCCCAGCUGUGCGCAGGGGAGGAGGCGUUUAGCGCUUCCCCGUGAGAGGGCUGCCGGAGGCAGGGCUGAAGGGGCUCUCCUGCCCGAAGAUGGCUGUAAGGAGUUGCUGGUGCGGGCAGGGCGGCAGGCAGUGGCUCGGUGAUCGCAGGCGGAUAGCUGUUGGAAGGGACUUGUGGCGGUGUUGACUCCAGUCACCAUGUGAGAGCGGCCGCAGCCGGAGCUGCUCGCCCGGGGCCACGUCCAGGGGGAAAUCUGAAGAAAUUAGGAUUUGCCACUAUAUUCUGCAUCUCCACGCAGAAGGUGACAGAAUGCUUUCCUGGUGUGCCUGCUAAAGCUGAGUGUGAAGAUACCUUGUAUUUGGAUUUCUUUUUGCAACACGAAGAGGCUUAAAAAGAUCUCAGACUCUGGAUACUGCCUGUGGGAUUGCCUUUUUUUUUCCUUUUAUUUUUUUUAAUUGGAUUUUUCCCCCCCUUUUGGAUGUGAAUCAAAGGCCAGCAGUUGGAGCAUUGGAAGCAAGUGCCACAGGACUGCUCUCACCUUGUUUUGUUUGAACCCUCCUUUGCUGGGAUACUUUCAAGGCCUCCUUCACAGUCAUGUGGUCAUCACAGCUGCUGUUCUUCACAAUGCUUUUGACACCCUUAGCCCAUGCCUGGAUUUCUUUUAAAACAGCUUUCAGCCGUGCCCCGGUCCCCAUGGCUGUGGUCCGAAGGGAGCUGUCCUGUGAGAGUUACCCCAUCGAGCUCCGCUGCCCAGGAACAGAUGUCAUCAUGAUCGAAAGUGCCAACUACGGGAGGACUGAUGAUAAAAUCUGUGACUCUGAUCCUGCUCAGAUGGAGAAUAUCCGCUGUUAUCUGCCAGAUGCCUAUAAGAUUAUGACUCAAAGAUGCAGUAAUCGGACCCAAUGUGCAGUUGUCGCUGGCCCUGAUGUGUUUCCAGACCCUUGCCCUGGGACAUACAAGUACCUUGAAGUGCAGUACGAAUGUGUUCCUUACAUUUUUCUUUGUCCUGGACUGCUGAAAGGAGUAUACCAGAGUGAACAUUUAUUUGAAUCUGACCACCAAUCUGGUGCCUGGUGCAAGGAUCCUCUGCAGGCAUCCGACAAGAUCUACUACAUGCCCUGGACACCGUACCGGACCGACACGCUGACAGAGUACUCCUCCAAGGAUGACUUCAUUGCUGGGAGACCAACCACAACCUACAAGCUCCCACACCGGGUGGAUGGCACAGGCUUUGUGGUGUACGAUGGGGCUUUGUUCUUCAACAAGGAACGUACCAGGAACAUUGUCAAGUUCGACUUGAGGACAAGGAUAAAGAGUGGGGAAGCUAUCAUAGCUAAUGCAAACUACCAUGACACCUCUCCCUACCGCUGGGGAGGCAAGUCAGAUAUAGACCUGGCCGUGGAUGAGAAUGGGCUGUGGGUAAUCUAUGCAACAGAACAAAAUAAUGGCAAAAUAGUCAUUAGCCAGCUAAACCCUUACACAUUAAGGAUUGAAGGGACGUGGGAUACUGCCUAUGACAAGAGGUCAGCUUCUAACGCCUUCAUGAUCUGUGGGAUUUUAUAUGUGGUGAAGUCUGUGUAUGAAGAUGAUGACAAUGAAGCCACGGGGAAUAAAAUAGACUACAUCUAUAACACUGACCAAAGCAAGGAUAGCAUGGUGGAUGUGCCCUUUCCAAACUCCUACCAGUACAUUGCUGCUGUGGAUUAUAAUCCCCGGGACAACCUCCUUUAUGUGUGGAACAACUAUCACGUCGUGAAGUAUUCCUUGGAUUUUGGCCCACUGGACAGCAGAGCAGGGCAGGCUCACCACGGGCAGGUUUCCUACAUUGCCCCACCAAUCCACCUCGAUUCGGAUCUGGAGAGACUGCCAUCCAAGGGGAUAUCUACAUCAGGAGCUCUGGGGCCAGGAAGCACUACUGCCAGCACCACGCCACGGGUGGCUACCAGCAGUACCAGCCGCACCACCACCACCUCGGCUUCGGGCAGAAGGAACAGGAGCACCAGCACACCAUCACCCAUGGCUGAUGUUCCAGAUGAAAUGACCACACACCUCCCACCUGUCUCCUCCCAGCUGCCACCAGCUGGCUUGGAGAGCUGUGAGCCCAUGGAAGCCCGCGAUAUUAUGUGGUCUCGGACUCGACAGGGACAGGUAGCAAAGCAGCCAUGUCCCUUGGGCUCAAUAGGUGUUGCAACUUUCCGGUGUCUUGCACCAGAUGGAAUCUGGGAACCUCAAGGACCUGAUCUUAGCAACUGCUCUUCUCCCUGGAUCAACCAUAUUACCCAGAAGAUGAAGUCAGGGGAGAUGGCUGCCAACAUUGCCCGGGAGCUUGCGGAGCACACAAAAAACCACCUGUACGCUGGUGACAUUGCCUACUCCGUGUCCGCCAUGGUCCAGCUGGUCAACUUGCUUGAUGUGCAGCUCCGAAACUUGACUCCAGGAGGGAAGGACAGUGCUGCACGCAGCUUAAAUAAGCUUCAGAAAAGGGAGCGCUCUUGCAGGGCCUAUGUCCAGGCCAUGGUGGAGACAGUGAACAACCUGCUGCAGCCACAGGCUCUGAAUGCGUGGAGGGACCUGAAUGCAAGUGAACAGCAGCGUGCAGCCACCAAGUUACUUGACACCGUGGAGGACAGUGCCUUUGUGCUGGCUGAUAACUUGCUGAAGACUGACAUUGUCCGGGAGAACACUGACAACAUCCAGCUGGAAGUUGCGAGACUAAGCACAGAUGGGAACCUGGAAGACCUGAAGUUUCCCCAGAACAUGGGCCAUGGGAGUGCCAUCCAGCUGUCAGCAAAUACCUUGAAGCAAAAUGGUCGAAAUGGUGAAAUCAGGGUGGCUUUUGUGCUCUACAACAACUUGGGCACCUAUCUCUCCACGGAGAAUGCCAGCAUGAAGUUGGGAACAGAAGCAAUGUCCACUAAUCACUCUGUCAUUGUCAACUCCCCUGUCAUCACAGCAGCAAUAAACAAAGAGUUCAGCAAUAAGGUUUACCUUGCUGAUCCUGUGGUGUUUACCGUCAAGCACAUCAAGCAGUCAGAAGAAAAUUUCAAUCCCAACUGCUCAUUCUGGAGCUACACAAAGCGUACCAUGACAGGGUAUUGGUCCACCCAAGGAUGUCGCCUCCUGACAACUAACAAGACUCACACGACGUGCUCCUGCAAUCACCUGACCAACUUUGCAGUCUUGAUGGCACAUGUGGAAGUUAAGCACAGCGAUGCAGUCCAUGACCUGCUUUUGGACUUUAUCACGUGGGUUGGCAUCCUUCUUUCACUGGUCUGCCUCCUGAUCUGCAUCUUCACCUUCUGCUUCUUCCGUGGGCUGCAGAGUGACCGCAACACCAUUCACAAGAACUUGUGCAUCAGCCUCUUUGUGGCAGAACUCCUCUUCCUCAUUGGCAUUAACCGGACUGACCAGCCGAUUGCCUGUGCCGUCUUUGCUGCCCUCCUGCACUUCUUCUUCCUGGCAGCUUUCACCUGGAUGUUCCUGGAGGGAGUGCAGCUCUACAUCAUGCUGGUGGAGGUUUUUGAGAGUGAACACUCCCGGAGGAAAUAUUUCUAUCUGGUUGGCUACGGCAUGCCUGCGCUGAUUGUGGCAGUAUCAGCGGCGGUGGACUAUCGGAGCUACGGCACUGACAAAGUAUGUUGGCUCCGACUUGACACCUACUUCAUUUGGAGCUUUAUAGGACCAGCGACCUUGAUAAUUAUGCUUAAUGUCAUCUUCCUUGGGAUCGCACUCUAUAAAAUGUUUCAUCAUACUGCCAUACUGAAACCCGAAUCUGGAUGCCUUGACAACAUCAACUAUGAGGAUAACAGACCCUUCAUCAAGUCCUGGGUUAUAGGUGCAAUAGCCCUGCUCUGCCUAUUAGGACUGACCUGGGCAUUUGGACUCAUGUAUAUUAAUGAAAGCACAGUCAUCAUGGCGUACCUCUUCACCAUAUUCAAUUCUCUGCAGGGAAUGUUUAUAUUCAUUUUCCAUUGUGUCCUCCAGAAAAAGGUCCGUAAGGAGUAUGGAAAAUGCCUGCGCACACAUUGCUGUAGUGGGAAAAGUACAGAGAGCUCCAUCGGCUCAGGAAAAACCUCGGGGUCACGGACACCUGGAAGAUAUUCCACAGGCUCACAGAGCCGGAUUCGUAGGAUGUGGAAUGAUACAGUUCGAAAGCAGUCUGAGUCUUCCUUUAUUACUGGAGAUAUAAACAGUUCAGCUUCACUCAACAGAGGAGCCAUGGCUAACCAUCUUAUAACCAAUGCUCUGCUUCGUCCUCAUGGCACUAACAACCCUUAUAAUACAUUGCUGGGGGAAUCGGCGGUCUAUAACAACCCUUCUGUCAGCAUGUACAACGCACAAGAAAGAACACCCAAGCAGGAGCCAGUCUUCAGGCGAGUCACCAUGGAGGACAGUGUCAUCUAGCACCCAGGGCAUCUGACGAGCCUGACCCAGCGAGCCCACGCCAGUGAACCACCUCAGCUCUUCUGUGCCUCUGUUUACCCCGUCCCUCAUAUGGGAUCAUGCAGCAGGAGAGGCCAGAGAACCUAGCCUUGACCAAAACCCUCAGCAAACUGUCACAUCCCUAAGAAGAAAACAGCCCAGCUGAGAUUCCUGCUGUCUUGCUCGUGGCAGCGCCCAGGGAAGUGACCUCACUGCUUCGUUGCUGGUUGUUUCUUUUUUUGUUUUUAAAGAUCAGCAGAACAGGAGACAACAAAUGUCUUUUGUAUUAUGAAAUUAAUUUAGUCUUCUCCAAAUGUUGCUUUUGCAACUUGAAAGCACUUAAAGAUGGCUGAGAGCACUUCAUCGCUCACUCCAUUCUGAGCCCUUCUCCAUCCUCACAAGCUGGGCUGUAUAAAGGCAAACCCACCAGAUCCAGGUCCCUGCUGCAAAUACAGACUUGGCUGUGUGGAGAGGUAAUGAGGGAAGGAAAAGAAGGACAAAGACAUUGUCCUUAUGCCAGCAGAAGCAGAACUUGCUGGCAGAGUGGUGUUGAGCAAAGCUGUGGCUUGUAAAUAGGGACUGGCACAUGUGUCCAGCAGUGACUCCGCUGGGCAGGGGUUUCUGGAAGCAGGGAAAGCUGCUCAGAUUUUAUUGUCUUGUGUAAAAAGAGAUUUUUUUUUUUUUUUUGGAAGACAAAAAAAAAAGGAGCCUUAGUAUCUUGUAGAUAGCGUUUGUCAAUCAGCUCAGCUAGAGAUGGGUAUACGGAGAACCAUGGCAUCUGCCCAGUGGACAUUCAAAGCCCUCCUGAUGUGUUCCUGUGUGAUCUGCUUUAGGCAAUCCUGCUCUGGCAGAGGGGUUGGACUUGAUGAUCUUCAGAAGUCCUUUCCAACCCCUACCAUUCUGUGACUCUGUGAAGCUCUGCAUGGGGUAUCACACCACAACAAGGCAAAGGGGGCACCUGAAGGAUAACGAGCACAUCUAGCAGAGGACUUGGCAGAUAUUUUUCCUUCCAUUCCUGUAAACAAGGUGGCCUUGCUGGGCCUGUGGACUCUGCUGGUGUAAAUAAUCAGCUAUGGCUCACAGAAGACAUGGACUGUUCGGUGCAGGUGGGAUGGGCAGAAAUCAGUAGAAAGAUGCAAACCUCAUCAGGGUGGUUCCCCAGAGGCUUUUAUCAUUAAAAAAAAAAAAAAAAAGAAAGUAAAAGACAAGAGAAGAGAGCUUGUUGCUGGUGUUGGGACAGCUGUUUGGUUGGGUGAAUCGGGAUGUGUAUACAAAUCCAUGUAGGUGUCAGACGGCAUCUGUGGGCGUGGUUCUCUCUCUUGUACGUGUGUGAAAGACCCAUGUCCUGUGCAAGUGGCUGCCAGCCAGCACAGGUCCCCAUGUCACUGUAGCUGUGUGUCCAUGAGAGAAGAAGAGAGGAUGUGGAUGUGUAUAUUGUACUCACCUUCAUGCACAGAACAGUUUCAGUUGAAAAAGACCUCCGAGAUCAUCAAGUCCAACCACUGACCUAAUAGCACCAUGGCUAUUAAACCAUGUCCCAAAGUGCCAUUCCCACACAGUUUUUGACAACCUCCAGGGAGGAUGACCACUUCCCUGGGCAACCUGUUCCUAUGCCUAAACACAUUUGAGAACUCUCAAGUACCAUUUCUGGGUCCAGUUUCAUCAACAUGAGUGCAGAGUAGUGUUCACAUCUCUUGAGAAACAAGAGCCAGUAGAUUAGGGGGGGUCAGCCUUAGCUGAGCAAAAGCUGACGAAUCUCUGCCCCACACUGAGUCAUCCUCUGCUGACCCCCUGCUGUGACACAAGAGUGGCCAUCUGAAAAUGCUUCCAGCAGCCGUCUCAGCAUGGCUGUUUGCUGAGGGCUGCCUACAGCAGCAUGGGACCUGAUGGAAGCAGAAAAAGAGAUCUGGACUUUCCUCUCCAUCCUUCCCACCUCAAAGCUUGUUUAUGCCUUAUUUACUUUGAGUCUGACUCUGUGGAUUCAUGCAGGGGAGGGAAAUCAGGGAAAAAAACCCUGGAAUUAGAAACUAAAAUUAGAACAAAGCCCAACAUAUUUAAAUAUAAAAGAAGAAACUUUUGAAAAUUGCCAGAAUAAUUUUCUCUAGACAUCACAGGCAAAGAAGCAAGGCCAAGGCAGAAGUGACCCUUCCCCAUUUAUAAAGCCAGACAGCAGGAAGCCAACUCUUGCACAUAUUUAGCAUGAGGCUGAUGGCAAAGCCUUUGCUGCUUUGCAAAGAAAGACCAGUGGGCAACCAAGAGAAACUGGAAGCUGCCUCAAAGCACCAAGGACUUUGGGCACCCACAGUGGUCAUUGCCAUGGGUCAAGGUGAGCUGCAGGGGUAGGUUCUUUAUCAUGGAAUUGUUUUGAUUGGAAAAGACUGGAGCUAAACCAUGGCCCUCACAUUUCUGCCUCUGUCAAGCACCUCCUUGGGUUCCAGCGAAUGGCUUUCUAAGGCCCAACCUAAACCUGCCCUGAGGCAACCUGAGGACAUUUCCUCCUGUCUUAUCAUGUGUUACUAGAGAGAAGAGACUUACACCCACCUCUCUCCAGCCUCCUUUCAGAGAGCUGUAGGGAGCAAUAAGGUCUCUCCUCAGCUUCCUUUUCUUCAAGACUAAAUACCUCCAGUUCCCUCAGUCUUUCCUCCUGGAUACUUGAAUAUCUCCCCCGUCAUUCAGCUCUGUUGAGUUGCUGUUACCAGCCACACCUAACAAUCACGAGUGUCAUGUGCAUAGGAGACACUAAGAGGUGUGGACACCUCUUCCUUUAGACACUUCUCCAGCCUUGCAUGGUAUCCCAAGACAAGGUGGCCUUUGUCUUCAGGAGGCUCAGGUUUCUUCCCCAGUGAAACCUUUAUUUCUAGGGAGAAAAAGAAAAAUCUGGGCACCCACCCCUGUUUUGUGCCAGAAAUGUUAUGAAAAUCAGGCAGCAUAUUAGGCAAAACAAAUGCCUCUAAGAAAUUUGAAAGCUGAUGAUCUUUCACAGUCAUGUGGGCACCAUCCUUGUGGUUCCUAGAGUCCCAAAGGGUAGUGUUAAAUUCUAUACCCAAGGCUGACUGACCCUGGAGAGCUGCAUGGGAUGAAAUGGGGUCUGUGAUAGCAGGAAAGCAGAAAUUUCCUGUUUAUUUUUUCACUAGAUGACAAGAAAGCAGAAAUCCUCUGAACAGGACUGGGUACUUCUUUUUCAUUAGAGCCCUCGCUAUUAGUUUAUCUCCCCAGACAAUCCCAUCAUCCCUGCACCUUAAACCUUUGCCAUUAUGUCUAGAAGAGUUAUUCUUGGAGGCAUUUCUAACAGCCUUCAGUGUCUCUCUGUCUCUCUCCUACCCCAAAGAGGCUGACAUCCAGUAACUAAUGAUGACGGUUGUAAAGAUGAGCCAGACUGACCCUAAGUCCUAAUAAAAAUGAUGAAUCUCAUCCACUGCCUCCACUUUGAUGGUGCACAGGUUACAUGUGGAGAUGAGCCAUCAAGGAGAGGGAGGCUGAUACUCACUGAACAUCAGGUUUGGGAGGUGCCAUCACCAAACCCACCCAGUUACUGUGUUGUCUGGGCCACAGUUUUGAAUUAAUCCAGCCCGAGUCAAUAGUGAUGGACAUUUCACCUGCUUUCCAUAUCUUAACUGGACUUUCUCACUCCUCAGGCAUGGAAUGACUCUUAAUACAUUGUAAUUACUGUACUCUAGUGAUGAACCAAUAUGAAAAGCUAUCAUGGAGAGCAUUAAUAAAAUGUACAUUAUGAAAAGGAA